GUUAGUGGGGGUGGAUGGCUAGGGGGCCCUUCCAAGGAGCCAGGCGCACGCCCUCCCGGUUGGGGAUGCGGGGGUGGGCGGGGGGAACCCGUUGCCAUGGCGGCGACUGCUAGAUGGCAAGGAGCUCCCUGGUCAGCCCUCUCCGCUUCCCCCGCCCCAGGUAGGCGCUGCCUCCCCCUCCCGCCUCCCCAAGCCCCCCCGGCCGUGGGAAGGGGCCGGGCCAGCCUCCUGACGUCUGUCUGUGCCGGGCUCGGAAGAUGGCUGCGGAGCCGAACGGCCGGCAGUGGCUGCGGCGGCGGCUGCGGGGUGCCGGGAGCACGGCGAUAGCGGCGGGCCGGGGCUCCGCCUUGCCCGCGGGCAGCUGAGCCGCGGAGGACCGGACGAGGCUGCAGUUCGGGCUAGCCGACUCAGGGCUCCGCUCCCCUGGGCACCAUGAGCCGCACCGAGGACGCAGUCAAAGAGAAAUUACUGUGGAACGUCAAAAAGGAGGUGAAGCAGAUCAUGGAAGAAGCUGUCACCAGGAAAUUCGUACAUGAAGACAGCAGCCACAUCAUUGCUCUGUGUGGUGUGGUGGAGACCUGCCUGUUACAUCAGCUGAGGCGUCGGGCUGCGGGCUUCCUGCGCAGUGACAAGAUGGCAGCCCUCUUCACUAAGGUGGGGAAGACCUGCGUAGUAGCUGGAGAGGUCUGUCGAAAGGUGCAGGAGCUGCAGCAGCAGAUGGACAGCAAGAAGUCAGCAGGAAGCAACCAGGAGGCCCUUCGGAGACAGGGCUCUACUGGAGGGAAAUCCCCAGCCCUCAGCCCCCAGGCCCUGAGGCACAUUUGGGUGCGAACAGCCCUCAUCGAGAAGGUGCUGGACAGAGUUGUGCAGUAUAUCGUGGAGAACUGCAGCAAGUACUAUGAGAAGGAAGCGCUCCUGGCAGACCCCGUGUUUGGCCCUAUCCUAGCCUCUCUCUUAGUGGGUCCCUGUGCUCUGGAGUACACCAAGCUGAAGACGGCCGACCACUAUUGGACAGACCCCUCUGCUGAUGAGCUGGUCCAGAGGCACCGCAUCCGUGGCCCCCACGGCCGCCAGGACUCCCCCUCCAAGCGUCCAGCCCUGGGAGUCCGCAAGCGGCACUCAAGCAGGAGCACAUCAGAGGACCAAUUUGCAGCCUCUGCCCGGGAGUAUGUGGAAUCCCUCCAUCAGAAUUCCCGAACGCACCUGCUCUAUGGCAAGAACAACGUGCUGGUACAGCCGAAGGAAGACAUGGAGGCUGUCCCUGGCUACCUGUCCUUGCAUCAGUCUGCAGAGAGUUUGACUCUGAAGUGGACUCCCAACCAACUCAUGAAUGGAACUCUGGGAGACUCAGAGCUAGAGAAGAGUGUGUAUUGGGACUAUGCUCUGAUCGUGCCCUUCAGCCAGAUUGUCUGCAUUCACUGCCACCAGCAACAGAAUGGAGGAACACUGGUGCUGGUGAGCCAAGAUGGUAUCCAGAGGCCUCCUUUGCACUUCCCCCAGGGAGGUCACCUUCUGUCCUUCCUGUCCUGCCUGGAGAAUGGGCUCCUGCCCCGAGGACAGCUAGAGCCACCACUGUGGUCCCAGCAGGGAAAGGGGAAGGUCUUCCCCAAGUUGCGGAAGCGGAACAGCACCAUGCGGUCUAUGGAUCUGGAGGAUACAGUGAUGGAUGAAGGGCGUGCCACUGACUAUGUGUUCCGGAUCAUCUAUCCAGGCCACAGGCAUGAGCACAUCACUAUUAACUACCACCACUUAGCUGCCAGCCGCGCGGCCUCGGUGGACGAUGAUGAGGAAGAGGAAGAUAAACUGCAUGCGAUGCUGUCAAUGAUCUGCUCCCGGAACCUCACAGCUCCCAAUCUGAUGAAAGAUGCUGGGGACAUGAUUGAGAUGCAAGGCUUUGGGCCAAGCCCACCAGCCUGGCAAUUUGAGCCUCCAAUUGGCCACAGUGCCUGUCUCUCCUGCUCUAUCAGAAGUUCACCCUAUGACCCACCCAACUACUGCAACUGUGCCCAGGACAGAAUGCCCCUGAGACUGCUGUGUGAGAACAUGAAGAGACAGAUCGUGUCCCGGGCCUUCUAUGGAUGGCUGGCAUACUGUCGACAUCUGUCCACUGUCAGGACCCACCUGUCAGCCCUGGUACAUCAUAAUAUCAUCCCGCCUGACCGGCCCUCGGGAGCUUCAGGAGGGCUCACCAAGGAUGUGUGGAGCAAAUACCAGAAGGAUAAGAAGAACUACAAGGAGCUGGAGCUUCUCAGAAGAGUGUACUAUGGGGGUGUGGAACAUGAGAUCCGAAAGGAUGUCUGGCCCUUUCUGCUUGGACACUACAAGUUUGGCAUGAGCAAGAAGGAGAUGGAGCAGGUGGAUGACGCUGUGGCGUCCCGAUACCAUCGGGUACUGGCAGAGUGGAAGGCCUGUGAGGUGGUAGUCCGGCAGCGGGAGAGGGAGGCCCACCCAGCCACACUCACCAAGUUCUCCUCCGGCAGCAGCAUUGACAGCCACGUCCAGCGCCUCAUCCACCGAGACUCCACGAUCAGCAAUGAUGUAUUCAUCUCUGUGGAUGAGAUGGAUCCCCCAGAUAUGGGGCCAAAAUGUCCUGAAGAUUCUGUGGCUGAAACAGUGCCCAUAGCAGGAACACCCGGCACUGCUGUGGUGGAGCAACAGCAGUCUGUGGAAUUCGACUCUCCAGACUCAGGGCUGCCAUCUUCCCGAAACUACUCAGUGGCUUCUGGAGUCCAGUCCAGUAUCGAUGAUGGCCAGAGUGUAGGCUUUGAGGAAGAAGACCAAGAGGAGGAGGAGCUGGACCAAUCUUCUACUGGGCCCCGAGCCUCCCUCUAUGAACCCCCAGACCCUACCCAGGAGGACACCCCACAGCCAGGCGAUCUGGGGGCAGGGGAAGAACUGGCUGCUGUCUGUGCUGCUGCCUAUACUAUAGAGUUACUGGACACUGUGGCCUUGAACCUCCACCGGAUCGACAAGGAUGUGCAACGGUGUGACAGAAACUACUGGUAUUUCACUCCCCCCAACUUGGAGAAGCUUCGAAACAUCAUGUGCAGCUAUGUAUGGGAGCAUCUGGAUGUGGGCUAUGUGCAGGGCAUGUGUGACCUGCUGGCACCCCUCAUGGUCAUCCUCGACAAUGAUCAGCUGGCCUAUAGCUGCUUCAGUCAACUCAUGAAGAGGAUGAGUCAAAACUUCCCUAAUGGUGGGGCCAUGGAUACACACUUUGCCAACAUGCGCUCACUUAUCCAGAUCCUGGACUCAGAGCUCUUUGAACUGAUGCACCAAAAUGGAGACUACACUCAUUUCUACUUCUGCUAUCGAUGGUUCCUGCUAGAUUUCAAGAGAGAACUGCUCUAUGAGGAUGUCUUUGCUGUGUGGGAGGUGAUCUGGGCUGCCAGACACAUCUCUUCGGAACACUUUGUCCUGUUCAUUGCCUUGGCCCUGGUGGAAGGAUACCGGGAGAUCAUCCGAGAUAACAACAUGGACUUCACAGAUAUUAUCAAGUUUUUCAAUGAGCGAGCAGAACAUCACGAUGCCCAAGAGAUCCUGAGGAUAGCCAGGGACCUGGUCCACAAAGUACAGACGCUGAUUGAAAACAAGUGAAGUUGGCAGUGGCAUUGGCGAGAGAAGGGGGAAGAGGAGGCAGCAGUGGCCGACCAGGCCCCUCAGGGUCCAGAGAGUGGAUCCCCUGGAUGGGGCAAGUGGAGGGGGUGGUCCUUGUUGGAACCGUCAUCUCCCUCCCCCACCCCACCCCCAAACUGAACCCCAGACUUUACUCGAGGCAUCUUCCAUGUAACACAGACCAAAAAAAGUAAUUCCGAGAUGGGGAAACCCUAGGCCUUCCCAUCAGUUGAGUCAGGGCUAGCCUAAGGGACCUACCUCUGGGACAGAGGAAGGAAAGACCAGUUAAAGAGCUCUCUCUGGGUCUUGGCUGGGGACAGCCCCUACUGGAUCCCUGAAGCCUCAGGCCUGACAGGCACUCCCUAGGACACCCACCUCCCUUUCUCUCCCCACCCCAGCCCCAAAGUCAUUUUAGGGUUAGACAGAGGCCCUGGACAAGCCUAAUCAGGAGGAAUCCUGCCUGAGAGGUGUCCUGUCCUCAAGGGUCUAGCAUUCUAGAAAGGGGCAGGAGCCCAGGGCUAUCCAGGGGCCUGGGAUUGCUAGAAUCUGGCCUGAGCUGCCCAUCCUGGAUAGAGAAAUGUUCAGGAUGACUCCAGGGGCUGCAGAAGGCAGUACCCUGGCGAAGGUCCUCUGUUCCCUGCCUCUUUAGAGAAGCUGGGGAGAGGAUUAGGUGGUCAGGCAGCUGCCCUCCUAGUCCCCAUCAUACUCCACCUCCUUUCAGAGGCUCCACAGCAGGGCUGAAUGUAGAUGAGAGUUCUUGAGGACUGGAGCAGGGAGAAAUUCUGGAGCUAAUUUCCUGGGUGCCCUCUGCAUUUGGGGGCCUGUGUCCUGGCUCCUCAGGGGGUGCUCAGAGACCGAAUCAGGGGCUCUUUAGAAAAGGAGUAGGAAUGGGCCAGGAGCAGCCUGGAGCUGCCCCGGGGGGCCCCCAUCCUCUCCAGCAUUGCUGGCCACUUUGACAGUCCCUUCACCACCACACCACCUGCUCCUGGAAGCAGCCCCUCCACACAGUGUCCAAGUGUAGCUCCCUUUGUGUAUUCAGCUGUCCGUGGUCCUGAAAAGCCUGGAAAGUGGAUCCUAGAGGGUUCUAGGAGAGCUCCUAGUGCAAAUCCUUUGGUUAGCCCCAGCCUGCUUGGACAUCCAGAUUUCUGUCUAUCAGGCUGGCCUGUACAGAGAAGGCCCAAGAGAUGGGAGCCCACCCCUCUCAGGGACCCUCCCUCUGGAGCUCCAAAGCUCAGGCUGUUGUCCCAGCGCCCACAGGUGCCUCCUUGCCUCAUUUGAACUCUAGAACAUAUACCCAUGGAGUCGUACCAGGAUGCUGGGUCCUUCCACGUGGCCUCACUGCUCUCCCGGAUCUUAGCCAAGGGAGAGGGAGAGGGAGGGGAGGGAGGCAAAGAAGCUCCAGGGGCAUGGCUGGAGGGGGCCUCUCCAUGCCAGAGUCUUUCCAAGUCUCUGACUAGUGAAGGCCAGAACCCAGAUCUGGGGCUGAUCCCUGGAGUCCUCCGUAUUCUCAAGUGCCAACACUGCCCUAGGCUGAGAGGGGGACCUUGAUCUUGGCCCCCAACACAGCCAACUCUGGAGAAUGUGGAGAACUAUGAGCAGGACUCCCUGGGGUUCCCCUUGGAUCAAAGAUCUCCUGAUUCUGGGGAAAGGACAUGGGCCAGGCUGCCCCUGCCUCCAACAGUCCAGGAAGGAUCUCCAUGCCCUCAGCAUGCUUACUGCUAUCCUGCACCCACUUUCCUCCUCCAUCCUGUCCCCACCUGCAGGAGCCAGGUGAGAGGGGUGCAGCCAGGGCACAUUUGCCAUCUGGGUCCUUCCUUCAGGGGUUCCUCCAUGGACCUGCUGUGUCAUUUACUAGUAAAGGGAGGAAAGGAUGUGUGUCUACACCCCUCUAUUAGAAUGCCAUCCCAGCCUGCCCCUCUUCCUCUGUCCCCAGAGUCUGCACUGCCUGUUUGGGGGCCCGUCUGCCCCGUUAUCCCCUUGUUGUGUGCUGUGGCUCCCACAGCUCAUGCUGUAUGCGUGUGUGGUACAUCCAUGAUGCCGCAUGUCCUGCCACGUGCCUGCCUUGGUGACUCAGUGAUGUUUGUGAGGAGCGGGAAGGUUGGUUUCUUUUUUUUCCUGGCUCAGAUAUUCUAAUGCUGUUCAGUGUAACAAAACCAAUAAAUGCUACGUUUGGUGA